GCCCCGCAGCCGCCGCCGCCCCCGCCGCCGCCGCCGCCGCAACCCCAGCCUCCCCAGCAGCCGUCGCCGCCGCCACAGCAGCCGCCGCCGCCGCCGCCGCAGCCGCCGCAGCAGCAGCAGCCGCCGCCCCAGGCCCCCCCCAUGGAGCCCGAGGCCCCGGAUUCCCGCAAGAGGCCCCUCGAAACGCCCCCCGAGGUGGUCUCCACCAAACGCAGCAACACGGGAGAGGAAGGCGAAUAUUUCCUGAAGGUGCUGAUCCCCAGCUACGCAGCGGGCUCCAUCAUUGGCAAGGGCGGGCAGACCAUCGUGCAGCUGCAGAAGGAGACGGGAGCCACCAUCAAGCUCUCCAAGUCCAAAGAUUUCUAUCCCGGAACCACAGAACGGGUAUGUCUAGUACAGGGCACGGCCGAGGCCUUGAACGCUGUGCACAGCUUUAUUGCCGAGAAGGUUCGAGAAAUCCCACAAGCGAUGACCAAGCCUGAAGUGGUCAACAUUCUUCAACCCCAAACCACGAUGAACCCUGACAGAGCCAAACAGGCCAAGCUGAUUGUCCCCAACAGUACGGCCGGCCUCAUCAUCGGUAAGGGGGGCGCAACGGUGAAGGCCGUCAUGGAGCAGUCCGGUGCGUGGGUGCAGCUGUCCCAGAAGCCCGAGGGCAUCAACCUCCAGGAGCGUGUGGUGACGGUCAGCGGCGAACCGGAGCAGGUGCACAAGGCCGUGAGCGCCAUCGUGCAGAAGGUACAGGAAGACCCCCAGAGCAGCAGCUGCCUCAACAUCAGCUACGCCAACGUAGCUGGCCCCGUGGCUAACUCCAACCCCACCGGUUCACCGUACGCCAGCCCAGCCGACGUGCUGCCCGCUGCUGCUGCCGCCGCAUCAGCCGCCGCCGCCUCUGGCUUGCUGGGCCCCGCCGGCUUGGCCGGAGUGGGCGCCUUCCCCGCAGCCCUGCCCGCCUUCUCAGGCACCGACCUGCUGGCCAUCAGCACGGCGCUCAACACGCUAGCCAGCUACGGCUACAACACCAACUCCCUGGGCUUGGGCCUCAACUCGGCCGCCGCCUCGGGCGUCCUGGCGGCCGUGGCCGCAGGUGCCAGCCCCGCCGCGGCCGCAGCCGCCAACCUGCUAGCCUCUUACGCGGGUGAGGCGGGGGCCGGGCCAGCCGGAGGAGCUGCCCCGCCGCCACCCCCGCCCCCUGGAGCCCUGGGGUCCUUUGCCUUGGCCGCGGCCGCUAACGGCUACCUCGGAGCCGGGGCCGGCGGCGCGGCCGGCGGCGGAGGGGGCCCGCUGGUGGCAGCCGCCGCGGCAGCAGGUGCAGCAGGUGGCUUCCUGACAGCGGAGAAGCUGGCUGCCGAGAGCGCCAAGGAGCUGGUGGAGAUCGCGGUGCCUGAGAACCUGGUGGGCGCCAUCCUGGGUAAAGGGGGCAAGACGCUGGUGGAGUACCAGGAGCUGACAGGCGCCCGCAUCCAAAUCUCCAAGAAGGGCGAGUUCCUGCCAGGCACGCGGAACCGGCGGGUCACCAUCACGGGCAGCCCCGCGGCCACGCAAGCCGCUCAAUACCUCAUCAGCCAGCGGGUGACCUACGAGCAGGGGUGACUCCAUCACCACCGGCCACCGGAACCUGCGCGGCCUCAUUGCUCCAGCCCGCCCCACUCGACCGUCAGACUCGCUCAUCGAACUCUUUUUGAUUAACCCUUUCUGUGUUCAUCCCACGGAAAACUGUGUGUCCGGUGUGGGGGGAGGAGGGAGGCUGGGGGCAGUGGCUACCUUCUCUCCAUCUCCUCCCACCGCCCAUGCCUCCCCAACCCGCACCCCAUCCCUUGCCCCACUCCUCCCCUCCCCUCCCCCCCCCCCCGGAAGCCACCUGCCCCCGGGAUAGAGAUCCUCUAUAAAAAAAAAGCUUUGCUGUUUGGCUGUCCCUUUAAAAGGUGGGCCCAGGGGCGUGGCCUCCCGCUGGCGGAGCGCUCCCUCCGACCCCGUCCCUCCCCCGUACCCCACCCCCAUCGUGCGCUCCCCACGCCUUCGUUGUAAAUAGUCACUUUUGUACUGGGUUUGAGCCAGGGCUCCUGGGGAGUCCUCUUUCCCCACCCCACCCCUUUGUGUUGGCAUCUCAGGCCUAUGGAGGCAUGGAGGCAUGGCCCACUCCCCAGGGCGGGUCGGUCACGGUCCCCUUGACCUGGUCUCCUUCAGCGCUCUAAGCAUCCCUAGGUGGUAGCCUGCAUUCCUCAGGCCAGAGGGAGAGGAGGGAGAGGCGCGGCAGGGGAUGGCUCCGUUCCCCCACUCCCUUGGACUCCCAAAUGGGUUCGAAACCUUCCUCUCCUGCAGAGAAGUGGGGGAGGAGGGCAGCUAGGACACAUCAGUCCUUCUGUGAGGGUGGUGGGGGGUACCCCAGGCCUCUCCCCUGCCUUUCAGAAGUUGGAGGACCACUAAGGGGCCCUCGGCUCUCCACAGCCCCUGGGCCGGCACCUGCCACCCGCCCAUCCCCCUUUGGGAAGGCCGCCAUGCCUCCAGUGCUUCCAUUCAACUGCUCUAACUGACCCUUCAUCCUCUACACACAGCGACGCCGCCUACCCUCUCCCUACCACACCACCGCCACCGCCACCCCCCACCCCACCCCCGGAGGCUCGCCCACCGUCCCCUCCUCCCUACCCUCCGCCAUCGCCAUGCCCGGGCCACGCCCAGCCACCCACCCACCCGGUGUCCGUUGUGUGACCUAGCGCACCAUGUAUUAGCUUCCAUGGACCCCACCCCCGGCCCCCACACACCCCUGCCGCCUCCCCAUCCCUUCUCCCUCGGCGACUUCACCUUUUUUUGCCGC